AUGAGCAGCUUCAGUCAACUCGUCCAACACGGUAGAUCUUCAUUCACCAGUGUAACACACUAUGUUGCCUCAAAGCAGGACUUGGAACGAGAUUCGGGAUUUUCAGAUGCCAGCUCUGAGUAUUUGGGCGCAGUAGAUGGGACUGACUGUGAGGAUGCUGGCAGGAGAAGAUCCACCGUCGGCCAGGACGCCUCUGGUGUGCAGCUGGCUGUGAUGGGAGGCUCAUACGCCGGACUUUCCCCGAUGCUCAUUAUGAAUAACUUUGUCCUCAAUCAGCCAUCACACGUGAACGCAAAUGAGAAACAGUGGGGCUUUCCUUCAUCCCUCGAUGUCAUGCCUCAAUCUCAGAUGGUUCUGCUUCAACCCAUGAUAUCUCCAAAGACAACCCCUGAAAAUACCCCUCAGUCAAAAAGUUACAUGUCCACCCUCAAGUCAUAUCCUAGGAUUGCCCCAAACUCUGCGGAUACACUGUCCAAGAGGCCAGGAUCCUCCAGGAUCAGGGGUAAUUCAUCUUCAGUGUACGACCAGCGACACAGGAGAUAUCAACACCGUAACGGGCAACGCGGCACUUCUGUCCCUGAGUGGACCCAACAGGAAGUAUCGGCCAAUUGCUCUACUUUGCCAGCCGAAAACUCUGAACCGCUUAAUGAGAAGUGUCUUUCUUCAAUGACGGUGACCACCUCGCCGUCCCCUCGAACUUACGAGUCUAGGACCGAGCUGGACAACAACCCUGACAUUUGCCCAGACGGCCUUUUGGCAGAAAGCGAUAAGUUGAAGCGUUUCAGCAAUACCUACAACAUUCUCAGCAACUGCGGCUUGCUAGGCAUCACCAUGCGCACCAAGCAGCUGAUCAAGGACAACAAACGUACCCAAAGUCAGAUUCAGCUUCUCCGGGAGCAUACGGCGCUCCUGCUGGAAGCCCUCGGAAGCGGUGACCCUCAGCUUUGGACUAAACUCCAGCUUUCUCUGCAGGACUACAACAAGUAG